AUGAGCGAAGAAUAUAUUAAAGAAAAUCCUACAAUAAGAAUUUAAGGAUCAAAUCGUUAUGAUAAUUUUACUUUAAUAGGAGCAUUAAUAGAAAGAUGUUCAAAUAGCACAGACAUUUAGAGUAAUAUAUUAUAUAAUUUAGAUUGUGCAUCACAAGAAGAAAUUGAUAAAUAUAUAACAAAUAGUAAUCUUUAUUAUUCCUAUUCUUUUCAUUAACUUAAUAAAGAAUCGGAAGAUUCUCCAUAUUAGAAGACUGAAAAUAUAGACUUAACUUCACUUUAUUAUAAUGUAGGUAAAUACAUUAAGAUUUAUUUUCAAUAUUCUUAAAGUUUUCUAGAAUAUAAUCCAUUCUAUUUUUUUCCUAAUACAGAAUAUCAUGAAGGUAUUGAAUAUUAAAAAACAGUCACUGAUAGUGUUCUUUAUUUUUAAGAUCCGAACACUUUAGCUAGAAUAGAAGUUCAUUUAGAUGCUAAAAAAAAAGUUAGUUUUAUUACAUAUUAAACCUUAAUGGAUGUAAUUGCCAAAAUAGGAGGCUUAUUUACAAUUAUUAGAGCCUUGAUAGAUAUUGUCAUAUUUCCAUUAUAGUGGAUUCUAUAUAGGCUUUUUUUGAUCAAUUUUUUAAUCAUGCAUUAGGAUUAAACCCAAUAAAAAGAUAAUUAGUUGAAAGAAGAUAAGAAAAAAUAAAUUUGUAUUUUUAAACUUUUUAUAUCUUCAAAAUCAAGAAAUUACUUUAACUAAUAAUCAUUAUUAAUAAAUAAAUACUUAGAUGUAAGACAAAUUUUAAUACAUCCGCUUUAAUUUACAUAAAAAAUAGAGGGUAUACAGGAUUCUAUCAAGAAAAUUGAUGUCUUAAGUUCUAGAUAAAUUAAACUGAUAACCAAGUAGGAAAUGGAUGAAUUAGUUGUCUAAAGUAAUCAAGAAGAAUGUUUAGAUUAUAAAUGUUAAAGUUAUGGAACUAUCAAUUCAGAGAGUAAAAUAAGAAAUCAAGAUAAUUAUAUCAUUCCUUAAAUGAAAGUGUAAAUACAUUGA